UCGUCUCCUUUAUUUCUGUUCACGAAGACCAAGAUCAAAACCAGAGAGUCAUGAAGAUUACAGCGCUUGUUCAUUUGGUUUCUGUAAUCUACGUGGUUUCUGUGUUGCUGGGUAUGCAUGAAGCUGUACACGGGAGGCUUCUAUCAGCGAAGGAUAAACCCAGCCCCAAAAAUGCUGCUGCUACUGCUCGUUGGCUUGUCUCUCAGAACUCCUGGGGUGUCUUGAAUACCAUCUCAGGUGAAUUGGGAGGAGCACCCUUUGGGAAUGUGGUUUCAUUUAGCGAUGGGGAACCUGGAAAAGGCAGCGGUAUCCCAUACUUCUACUUGACAACUCUUGAUCCGACUGCAAGAAAUGCAGGGAAAGACCAAAGGGCUUCAUUGACAAUUAGUGAGCAUCCUAUUGGAACCUGUGGCAAAGUUGACCCUGAGAAUCCCACCUGUGCAAAGAUUACACUUACAGGAAAGUUGAGGUAUGCCAAUGGAAGUCCCAAAGAAAAAGAAAUUGCUAAAAAGGCCUUGUUCUCAAAGCAUCCAGAGAUGAAAUACUGGCCCAAGGGUCACAACUUCCAGUUCUUCAAAUUAGACAUCGAGAAUAUCUUUUUGAUUGAUUGGUUUGGGGGUCCAAAACCUCUCACAGUGGACCAAUACCUUCAAGCCAAAUUGACAGAACAUGCCUUCAACCUGUGAUUGAUCAUCCGGCUGUGGUUCAGCUUGAAUUCGAAUUGUUAUGAGUUGGAUCAUUUGGAUUGUGUACAGUGAACCUGUGUAAAUGAAAAGAAACAAAUGUAUAUAAUCAUGUAUUUCUAUGAAUUGUCACAGAAAUCUGCUAUCCUAUAAUUUGAUAAAAUAACAGGAGGGAACAUUAUUUGUACAAGGGAGUUCAAUUUUCUGUGUUGUAAGCUGAAAAAAAGUGAUACAGUGGAAAUUGGCAAGCUCUUCAUUUGUGUUUGAUUC